AUGCAGGAAACUCCGUGCUCGUUUAGGAAUAAAACGAAACGAGAUUACAGUACCAAUCAAGAUAACCUAAGAACGAAACAUAUUUCGGCACAAGAUUUGAGGAAUUCCUCCAUUGUAUCACGAGGAGAGGAUCUCUGUGGCUGGGAAAUCAGUCAGUUAUUGCUUCUACAUGAUGACUUGGGAAUUGUCGAGUGGCUUAAUGAUGAAGAACGAUCGAUGUUUCUUAUUACAAACAGAGCUGACUGGUGUCAUUCAUACAGUGGAAGUUUCACAUCAAGAUCCGCUGUUAACAUGUUAGAAACAGCACAAAGCGAUAGGUCGACCAUGGACACAUUGUCAUGCCGUUUACACGAAGAAAGCUCUCGACACUCCACACCCAAUAAUCUCCACAUACUGCGUGGGAUCCCAAAAAAACCUGAUAAGCAAGAUAAAGAGAUGGGAAAAAAAUUACCCUUGAACAGAACGGCUCGUAAUGCGAGGGUAAACACCAACUGUAACCCUGGUAGACGUCCGGAAAGGAGAGAACAUUUACUUGAUACAGGGCCUGUGUUAAGCCCCAUUGCCAAAAUAUGUAAUUUAGAGAAGAGGCUUACGGCGAGGAGGAAAUCAAAGAUCGAAAAGGGUAUGGAAGGUCUACGACAACCUUUGGCAACAAAAACGCGAAAGGGCCUGGGUACAAGAGAACUUUUCAACCCUUCUGUUGUAUCAGUGAAGGCUGGUGGUUUAGAUUCCGAUUUUCCGAGCAAAGAUAGUCGAGAUUCUCGAAAGACUUUAUACAAGAAGUAUCUACAGUUAUUACCAAUGGACAGCAUGUUGAAAAUAAGAAGAUGCAAUAACACAAUGAAUAUCCCUCCCACAAAAGAAUGCCUGAAACCUUUGCCGGCAAUCGAAGUGCAGUCGGCCAUGUUUGUUCCCAAACUUUCAUGCAAUCAGAAACAGUUGGAUAAAACUCCGUUUAAAAGCUAUCGGCCAUGAAAUGACCGUAAAUUCUGGCUCAUCAUUCGUAAAAUAUUUUGACUCACGAGAAAAUCUGACCCUGAGGAAAUAUUUCAAUACGAACAAACUGGUAAAAAGAGCGGAGAGUUCCCUAACAAAGACUAAGACACCCAAAUUUCGGAAUUAAGUGAGAUAUUAUCAUUAUGAAAACCUUAUUUAUCAGCUUUACAAGGAAUUGUUAGACAUAGUUGUGGACGGUUUUCCUAAAUGUCAUCCAGCAGUGAAACACUUAGUCCUAAUCACAGAAAAGCAGCUAUAUCAUGUAACACGCUGAAACAGGUCCGCAUGUCUGCCUUCUGAUAGAAUGCAAGAAAAAUAAAAUACAAAGUAAGCUUUUAAGGUA